AUGGAUAAAGAGGUAAGUGAGUUGGUAGUGUUGCAGCUGAUACACACCUUAAUAUCCAACAAGAAUGAAGAACUGGUUAGGAAUGGGGGAGGAAUCAACAUGAUCGGGAACAAUCUUCGAAUAUCACUGGUCAAGUUGACUAACGAAAUACAAAACAAUUUGCUAAUCAACGAGCUGACAAAUUUAAGGAGGCAAAGCAACAUGGUUAAUGGGAACAGAAAACUGGGCAUCAACGAUAUCCUGACCAUAGUCAAGAGUUUAUUCCCAGAAUACAGAACAACGCUAAACGAUGGGCAACUUAGUCUACACGGUUUGGAAAUGCAUGAUAUCGAGAAGUUACUUGUGGAAAAGUACGAUCGAUUUAAGAGAACGCAAAUCGGUCAAGUAAGGACGAUGGAGGACGAGAUAUUGAAGAAUGGCAUAAAAAGCGGUGCAUCGCAACUGCAACCGCAUGCACAUUCGAGCAAAAGUGGAUCUGCUGGUGCCGGUACAACAGUAAUUACGACUACGGCACAUGGGGCGCAUUCUAUGGAUCCAAAAAGAGAAAAACUAUUGAAAUUGUACAGAGAUACCGUUCUGAAUAAACUGGAAAGUAAAACUGGGAACUUCCAGAAACUAUUCAAGAGUCCCGAAAAUGGGAUUAUCAAGAAAGAGAUAAAUUACGAAGACAUAAAGAAUGAAACGCCCGGCAGCGUUCACGAACUGCAACUGAUUUUGCAGAAGAGCAUAACGGACGGUGUAAUGCGAGAGGUCAUUGGCACGGACGAUUGGAAAUUGGCUAGACAGGUGCAGCUGGAACUGGACGAUACAGUGCAGUUCAUGAGAAGGGCACUUGAGUAA